CAACACCCAUACAGCGCUCACUCACUCACUGACAGAGCUUUCCCCAAAGAGAGCCGCCCGGUAGAGGAGGCGGCGUGAACUAACAUGCGGCGGGGAACUUCGAGGCGUGAGGCUGAGGGUGCAGCAGUGUGGAGCCGCGGCUCUGGCAGGGCGUCUCUUCCGAGCGAUGGUAACCCAACUUGGGCUUGUGUUUGAGGAAGCUGCGCCCGUUGAGAAUGCGAGACUGGAUGUAGCUGAUUGGAGUAGCAGAGUUGGUGGUGAUCGCCCAGCGGAGGGGGAGGAGUGGGUUUUUCGAGUGGGUUUUUUUCCCUGUGUGUGACUCUCCAGCGGCCAUGUUAACCAAGAAGCCCUGCGCUGCUGUCUACCCGACUGGCAAGGGGGGUGAAAUUUGCCAGCAGCAGCAGUCUUCCCCCGGGAUCAGCGUCGGGGCUCUCCGGGCAGGGACUGAUCCGACAUCGCCCGUCACUUUACCUCCUCUCAGGAACACCAACUCGCUUACGGUUGGAGGCAAUAAAAACGCAAUGAAUGACCAUCUGCAUGUGGGGAACCACCAGCAGAUCCACGUUCAACAGCUGUUUGAGGAAAACAGCAAUAAGCGGACAGUGUUAACCACGCAACCCAAUGGGUUGACGCCAGUCACGCGAGCAGGUUUGGCCCUGCCAGAGCGGCAACAAGAAACCACCCAGUGUCGCCAGGGCAGUUCCACCUCCAUCAAAUCGACUGACAGCAAGCCCAAGCCCGCACCUUUGACCCCUGAACAGGCCAUGAAACAGUACUUGUCUAAGCUGUCCACGUUUGAGCAUCAAGAGAUCUUCAACUACCCUGAAAUCUUCUUUGUAGGCCCAAACGCCAAGAAACGGCCAGGCGUGGUCGGGGGCUCCAACAACGGAGGUUAUGAUGACGAUCAGGGCUCCUAUAUCCACGUACCCCAUGAUCAUAUAGCAUACAGGUAUGAGGUACUGAAGGUCAUUGGUAAGGGCAGCUUUGGACAGGUUGUAAAGGCCUAUGACCACAAGACCCACCAGCAUGUGGCCUUAAAAAUGGUACGCAACGAAAAGCGGUUUCACCGGCAAGCGGCAGAGGAGAUCCGGAUCCUGGAGCACUUGCGCAAGCAGGACAAAGACUCUACCAUGAAUGUCAUCCACAUGCUGGAGAACUUUACAUUCCGCAACCACAUCUGCAUGACAUUUGAGCUUCUCAGCAUGAACCUCUAUGAGCUCAUAAAGAAAAACAAAUUUCAGGGCUUCAGCUUGCCGCUGGUGCGCAAGUUUGCGCACUCCAUUCUGCAGUGUCUGGACUCUCUUCACAAGAACAGGAUCAUUCAUUGCGACCUCAAACCUGAGAACAUCCUCCUGAAGCAGCAGGGACGUAGCGGAAUUAAAGUGAUUGACUUUGGUUCUAGCUGCUACGAGCACCAACGGGUCUACACUUACAUCCAGUCGCGCUUCUAUAGAGCCCCAGAGGUUAUACUCGGUUCUCGGUACGGGAUGCCGAUCGAUAUGUGGAGCCUCGGUUGUAUAUUAGCGGAAUUACUCACGGGGUACCCUCUCUUGCCUGGGGAAGAUGAAGGGGACCAGCUAGCAUGUGUCAUAGAGCUACUGGGCAUGCCCUCCCAGAAGCUGUUGGAUUCCUCAAAGAGAGCCAAAAAUUUCAUCAGCUCAAAGGGAUAUCCUCGUUACUGCACGGUCACGUCUUUGCCCGAUGGCACGGUGGCAUUAAAUGGUGGGCGGUCGCGCAGGGGCAAGCUCCGUGGUCCUCCAGGAAGCAAGGAUUGGGUAACAGCGCUCAAGGGCUGCGAUGACCCCCUCUUCCUUGACUUCCUCAAGCAGUGUCUGGAGUGGGAUCCGACUCUGCGCAUGACCCCUAGUCAGGCCCUUCGCCACCCGUGGCUAAGAAGACGCUUGCCAAAACCUCCCACUGGGGAGAAAACGACCGUUAAGCGGAUCACUGAGGGCACAGGUGCUAUAACGUCUAUCUCCAAAUUACCUCCCACAUCAGGCUCAGCCUCAAAACUAAGGACUAACUUGGCACAAAUGACUGAUGCCAAUGGGAAUAUACAGCAAAGGACAGUGUUGCCAAAAUUAGUCAGCUGAAUGCGUUUCUUUUUUUGUUAGGUUUGUUUCUCUUUUAUUUUCUUUAAAUGGUGAUCUAAUUGUAGAAAGCUGAGCAUUCACAAGUGUGAGAGUUUUUAGGAAUACAGAGUCUUUAAUGCAUAUUCACCACUUCUUUACUGCUUUGUAGCACCUUUUUUGUUCAAAACACUUUUUUUUAGAAAUACUAAAAUGGCCAAAAAAGAGGGAACAACACUUUUAAGUUUUUAUCUCAGGACUGUGUGGAUUCAUACAAUCUGGUCUUUUACUAAUGAAGUCCUAAUCAGUUUCUUUACCAUAUAUAUCUUGUAGCAUAGAAGGCAACCAGACUUGGAAAAAUAGGUUAAUUUUGGUUUGACGUGUAUCCUAGCUUUUAGUUCCUACCUCUAGAAUCCAUCAGGUGAACCGUGUAUUAAUAGAGGAGGAUUUAACCUGUUUUACUAAAAGCUGUGCUAUCGGCAGUUUUGUAGCAUUUGAAGCUAAUCUUUUAUCAGUUAGAUGAAAGGAUGGAUGAGAUAUUGCUUGAAGAGCUUGAGACGAGAAUGGAAAUUUGAAGCGGGAAAUCGAAUGUUUCAGACUGUUAAGAGGCAGAAGGGAGAAAAACUAUGUUUACAUGACAGACUUGGUAUGUGCCUAAAAAUCUCUUGACAUUCCUUAUACGAUUGAAAUGAGGAAAAGAGAGACUUCAGGAUGGUCUACCUUUCCAAAACAGACUGAUGGCUAGUGAGGACGACUUUAUUUAAUGUGGUUUGAAGAGGCCGUAACUGACAGGCUCAUGUGUAUGUAACUGUAAGCUAUUCUCUGGAGGAGCUGCUGUGAUCGCGUUGUUGUACUGUCUAGGAGAAAACCUUUGGUGCUUUACCUUUUUUAUUUAAAGAGUAUUUUUUACAAUUUUAAUGCCUCUGCUCAUGGAACAAAAUGAUGUCGUGAAACUAAUCCUAGUGAGCAGACGCUAGUUACAGCAAUAGGGCUGAAGUUCUUUUGAAUCACUUACUCUCCCUUCUAAAGGUUGCUGCUGGUUUUGCAGUGAUUUAGGAAGGUUUGUGCUGAUCACUUAUUGACAGAACGUUUACUUGAAUCUGAGCCAGUAUUAACACUAUUGUGGAAAGACUAAGGCAGAGAGGGACACUUUAAGCGACGGCUGAAGUUUUCUUAUCCGGUUGUCGUCUGUAGUCUGAGAUCAAUCAUCACAAUUCAUAUCACUUUUUUCUAUAUUUAGCUACCUAGCGUGGACUUGCUAGUAUGGGGCCAGAGUUUAAAUUCUUAAAAGCUUGUUCCCUUCUUGAAGUGACAUCAUGUUUCUACCUAAACCUAGAAAGGAAAACAAUUUAAAAAAUAAUAUUUCUCAAUUCUGGCCAUUUUUGUAGCAAUUAUUUGAAAUAGUAGUGAGUAUGGUGAGAAGAAAACGAAUUGACGUGGGUCUGAAAGCUUUGUAAAAGUUUAAUUUAUUUAUUUCUCAUUAUUGUUUCUCAAAGAAGAGCUAAUAUAAACUGAAACAGUGGCCUGAAUGUGUGCCGUUGGCUUGAUAUCAGUGGAGUGACUUAUGAUGUAAUGCACAAGAAUUCUGUCUGCUACUACUUCAAGACUCUGCUCAAAGGAAAACAAAAAAAGCAAUCGUGCUUUGCCUCUCGACCAGUUGCGGAUGUUGGAGGUGGGGAAAGAGAGGGGUUGGACUAUGGGCUUGGAUAGUGGCAAAGCAAAGCUGUGGCAUUCAUGUGGGUUUUCAGCCCCUCACCCUGCUACUGGUUGGCAUGGUACACUGCGUGCUGCACACUGCCCAGACCCCUCUGGACGUUCACAGUUAAUUUGCAAAUGCACAGUAACCUGGCAACGUCAGCAAGCCGUUCACAUUGUACUUUAUACGUUUUAUUUUUCUUUUUUUCUUUUUGCUGUUUUGUGGAUUUACAGUGGUGAGGAAUAAUUGUGCCCUUAGGUUUAUUACGAUGUGCCUUUGGUUAUCAAUGCCAUUUGUUUGUCGUCCCAACAGCGAUACACCCCCCCGAAACCCAUUCACUUUCUUUUAGGUAUACAGAAAUAUAAAGAAUUGUAAAGAUCCUCUUUAUAUUGGUAAUCCUCUUGCACUUGUCUGAGCAUUGCCCAAAGAUCCUCUUGGAACCCGUGCUGUAGGCUGUGGGUUCUAGGAGGAAUGUGGCCGCACAAUUAAGAGGUUUUGUAUGCAGUUUAGACACGCAGAAUUUCUAUCCCAUGAUCUGACAUUAGAACUCAAAAACCCUUUGCCAACAGGGAUGUCUCGCCCAGUGAUGACUACAUAUAUUUCUCUUACUGAGUGAGAAAUGGGUCUUUUCUACUGCAUCCAUCUUGUCUUAACAUCAGUUUCAAGGGGUUACAUUUUUAUUACUCUAGCAAAACAUUUUACUAUUUUACCUCAGACUGUUGUGAUAUUCUUGUAAUUUAUGAACCCAGGGCAUUUGGUAUAUACCAAAGUGCAUUCUACAUUCGUGGCUGGGGCGACAAAAAAGUCAGGGUUUCUCCAUUUAGCCGAUGAAGAGGCCCUUAAGCCACUUUUGCCACUCAAGGGCCAUAUCUGGAGAAUGCUUAUCUUCAGUCAAGAAGGAACGGUAGGUGAGGGAGCCUUGAGGCACACCAGUUGUGUUAGAAACUGUAACUGAACGAUGUAGCAUACCUCCAAGCGUCUGUCGUUUGACAUGGUUGGAUGUAUCUUUAGUGCAGUGAACGCUGCUGCCCCAAAACCCCACAGCCACAGAGUCAGCAUUCAGCCCGGUGUGCAAUACUGUGGUCGUGUAUUUGGGGCAGCUCAAAGCAAAUGGCUGAGUGUGGUGUUUUAAAAGGAUGUACCUGUUUUUGCUAAUUUUUUUGGCAGAACAGGAUCCCAGGAUCUUGAACCUAGCUACCCACUGUCAACUUCGGUCAGUCCUUUUUUAAAAAGAGAAUCUUUAAAAUAAGGAAACAGAGUUGACUCUCAUUUAUAUUCAACCAUAGAGACAUAAUGUACAUAUGUGAACUUUACUAAGAACUCAAUGUGGAUGUGUACAUAUGUAUAAUGUUUUCCUUUUUUUGUGAAAUGCUGCUGAUAACACUACAUCACUUCUGUAGUGGAUUUUAAUCUUGGCGGCCAGUUUUAUGAUACUGUAUGUAUUGUACAGCUGAUGGAAGUAACUUUUUUUUCUAGUGAUCAUUUGUUAAAUUUUAUUGUUGUGGCCGGAAAAUAUUAAUAAUAAAAGUUUUAAUGUCAA